AUGCGAGGGCUUUCCCUGAGCGUGCGCCAUGAGGGGGAGGGGCUGGGAGUGCGCGUGGAACGCAAACCACACCAGCGAAGCCCGAGCGAGGUACGAGCACCCCCUAUGCUUCUUCUGCUUCCCCUGCCUGGGCUGACUGACCCUUCACGGAGGCACCGCCCAGAUAACGGCACUCUCUCCCCCGAGUGCCGCGAUGCACGCACCAGUGCCUCGAAGGCUGCCCGGACUUCAGGGAAGGGAACGAGAGACCUGGUCAGGUCCCGCUACCAGGGCAACCAGCGCCCCGCCCCCUCUGAGAAGAAGGGAGCGGGAAAGACCAGUCGAGGGACACACGGCAAUUGGUCCAGAAGUCUGGCCCCGUUACCAUGGAAACCAGUGCUCCCUGGCAACCAGCACCUCAUUCCCUGA